CCUCCCCCCCUUCCGCUUCCGGCUCCGCCUCGGUGGCCGCGGCCGUUGCCGUGGAGACGGAAGAUGGCGGCCGCAGGUCCCCUUGGGUGGGAGCAGCAAGGCUGAACCCUUCCAAGUUCCCCCCCCCUCCUUCUCCAUGAGCUGCUUUGGCUCUUGGGAAUGCUGGAGCUGAGACUUCUUCCAAGCUUUGGAGCAGGAAGAUGCUGCAAACCAGCAACUACAGCUUGGUGCUCUUCCUCCAGUUCCUCCUCCUCUUCUACGACCUCUUUGUCAACUCCUUCUCCGAGCUCCUCUGCAACGCUCCCGCCGUCCAGCUCGUCCUCUUCGUCAUCCAGGACAUUGCCAUCCUCUUCAACGUCAUCAUCAUCUUCCUCAUGUUCUUCAACACCUUCGUUUUCCAAGCUGGGUUGGUCAACCUCCUCUUCAACAAGUUCAAAGGAACCAUCCUGCUCUCUGCUGCUUAUUUGGCCCUCAGCAUCUCCUUCCACGUCUGGAUCAUGAACCUGCGCUGGAGGGAUCCCAACCGCUUCAUCUGGACCGAAGGGCUCCAGAUCCUCUUCGUUUUCCAGCGCCUGGUGGCCACGCUCUACUGCUACUUCUACAAGAGGACAGCAGUUCACCUGGGGGAUCCCCUCUUCUACCAGGAUUCCCUCUGGCUCCGCAAGGAAUUCGCUCAGUUCCGGGGCUGAGUGCCCCCCCAGAGGAGCAGAACCCCCAAACCCCGACCCCCCCUCAGCUCCUCACUCUCCCUCUGCACCUCAGGGGCUCCGGCAGGGAUAAGUUUUUCCCUCGUGCCACCUUCUUCUCCGUCACCAUCUUUAUUUUUUGGGACCAAACUCUUCAACCAGGAGCUUGCAGAGCACCCCAGGAACACCACAGCCCUCGGUGGGACUUGAGGAUUUCUUUGGAAACGGGAAAAAAAAAAAUAUAAUAAAUUAGCUACGUUUUCCAGAGCCUCCGUGCA